AUGACUGAGCCUAACAUCCUCCUUCCGUCGGACGGCGCUUCUGGCGUCAAAGCAGAUGGGACGGCAACAGCGACAUGUCUCUGUGGCACUGUCCAGUUGUCGUUUCCUGUUGAAGGCGAAGAUCUGAUCAACACUUUCGUCUGUAACUGCAGUGAUUGCCACAAACUCAGUGCCUCCAUGUUUUGUUCAAACUUUACUGUCAGCGACAAGAGCCUCAAGCAUGUUAGAGGCGAAGACAAAUUGACCAGGUGGGCUCAAAACAAAACUAUUGCAUCUGGAGCUACAAUGGAAGACAGUUUCUGUUCUGUCUGUGGCAAUUUGCUGUACAGGAGGAGUAGCAGAUUCCCGGGAAUGAGCAUCCUGAGAAUUGGGACUGUAGACGACUUCAACUUACAUGAAUCGAAGCUGAAGCCACAGUUUGAGCAGUUUAUAGACAACAGAGCCAACUGGCUGGCCGGGGUACAGAUUGAGGGAAUACCACAUCACGCGAAGUCUGGAUUCUAG